AAAGAUAGUGUUUAUCGUCGUUAUAAAGAAAUCAGUGCGCGUUUUGCCGACAAACAUGUCGGGCCGUAGGUUCUUUGUUUGUUUGUUUUUGUAUUUGCUGGAUUGUGUGGUGGGGAGUGGUUUGCUAUGUGAAGAGGGAUUUUGUAGGACGUUCGUCAACGAUGUUGGAUGCGCAGAGCCGGCCGCACACUGCCGCAUCAACAAUGCUACACACACCGGCCUCUGGUUGCCUUCACCAACCAUAUGCAAUUGUUGUGAAUACUGCCUGCCGUUCUAUGGCAAGGAGCAGCCCUGUAGUUUAGGAGGUACGGGCACGGGGAUCACGAUCGGGCGCUGCACAGACGGACACACGUGUGUUACUCAUGAAGAUGGGAACAAUUACUGCCAGCGGAUGGACACAGAAUGUCACCGAGCUCAAGACGACUACGAUCGCCGGUACACUGCAGGGCAAGUUGGUAUUCUAGAAGAACGACCCUUGUGUAAUGGGAAGGGAAUGUAUGCGCACAUAUCCUGUGCGCCCACGCAGACAUGUUUCUGUCAAACUGAGGAAGGUGAAAGAAUAUUUGGUGAAGCCCCUAACCUGGGGACUGGAAUGGCUGAGAGGAUGCAAUGUGGUUGUUCGAUCCUCCACCACAAGAUAACCUCGAUAAUAAACCCUGGAGUACCAGAACCAGUCGUCGCGCCCCGCUGCUCAGCUGACGGGAACUUUCACCCGAUACAGUGCAUCGCCAACAUCUGUCAUUGUGUCAACGUCAUUACUGGGAGAAUACUCCAGGGGGAGAGACGGAGCGUUGAUCUGGAGAAAAAUCCGAUCACUAAACUCAUUUGUUACAAUCGAGAGCUAGACAACUAUCCCGAACAAAGCGAAGGUUCUCCCCCCUAUAAGUUCACGACACCCUGCUACGAGAGCAUCCAAGAGGUGUCCACCUGGAUCCAGGAGAGCAUCGAAGAUGGUUACAACAUGGAUUACCACAACAGCCUCCCGCAGUGUCUACCAGAUGGCAGUAAAGGGCGGACGGCUCUCUUGGGCAAUGGCACUAAAAUCUGUGUAGACGAAAGAGAGGAACAGAUAGAUAAUUAUUCAGCAGCGCCGGGAACCCCUGAAUUUGAGGACAUGGACUGCAAAUGCGCCCUAACAUCACACAUUAUGACGUCAAACGAGUUGCCAGUGUGCUGUAAAAAUGGUAAUUUCAGAAGUGUGCAAUGUCGACGCGGUGUGUGCUGGUGUGUGGACUCCGAUGGCCGGCAGGUGGGCAGCGAAGCGGAGAACAUUAUGCUCCUCGGCUGCUUUAAUGUUAAUUGGAGACAUUGUUAAAUUAUUAUAUAGAAAAAUAAAAUAAAAUUAAGCAGUUAUUUUCGU